AUCAGCAAUAAGCCAUUUCGAUGUUUCGGGUGCGCAAGGAAUUCUGGGAUUGAAUUUGGAUAAACAAAACCCACAUGGCAUAGCCAGCUGGAGUUUCGUGCAUGGGAGUUGUGCAGAAGCUUGCGCGAGGAUCGAUCAGUUGUGCGAAGUAGUUGAACUAUUUGCCUGUUACCAUGGCAACACAUCAGGGUAGCAAUCAGUCACACUUGGUACUCCCCGCCUACCCGGCGUCCACAGAGGCGCUUCCCAACGAAACAGUUUUGCAGCAUCUCUUAGAGGCAGAAAAAGUCAACAAUUUGCAAACAAGCAACAUCUCUGUGUCAGGCAACCACAGUUCACAACUGGUUUACACUGGUUACCCGCAACUGCCCGAGUACCAACAGCCAACAGCAGACAGGCAGCCGACCACCGACACUCUGACCCUUCACCCGGGCUUGACCAAUGAGCUGAGAGCACUGCAGAUUGAGGGCGGAUUUGAGACCACCAGCGACUUCCUACAUCACCUUGUGGUGUCGGAAAGAGUGAAAAGGCUGCAGUCGCAGCAGAGAAUGAUGGCUAGGCGUAACAGUGACAACUGUCCUUGUUUGUCUGUCCAAUCAACGAUGCCCAUCUUGGUUAGUGGUACAUCGAGUAUCACUUGUGUAAACUCUCUAAGUGGUACCACAACAGUUCAGACCUCAUGCUCCUUAGAUGGAGGUUGUCAGACCGUCCAACUCUGUAGUGUUAACCUCGGGGGUUCAUCAUCCACUGAUGGAGGAAUCCACAGUUGUGAAAAUGGGGUGGGUGCUAACUGUCAGACUAGAACACAAGGCAUUUCGGUUGGUGUGCAGGUGAGUCUGUGCAGUUGUAGUCUCGAGGACAAGGCGUCCGAUGGGACAAAAGAGGGACAGCCAAGAAAACGCAAAGAGAAAUUUAGGUCCAAAAUCAAAAGGAAGAAAAAGUGUUCGGAGGAGGAGGCUGGAGACAAGUCUGGCAGUCGCAUCAAUGACAUUCUGGUGAAGGAGAUCCUUCAGACUGUAAAGAGUCAGAGAAAGAAGAGACAAAACAGUCGAACGCGUCGCACGCCAGCUUACCCACGACAGCGACUACCCAGAGAUACAAAGUCAGCGCCGAGAGAGAAACAGGAGUAUUUAUGUGAAAUCUGCGGAGCUACCUUCAAAUGGAGGCGGAGCCUCAUCCCACACAUGUGGGAGCAUCGGAACGAGGUGUCUGUACAUCAAUGCCCGCACUGCAGUACCAGCUUCCCCUACGCUUGCCGGCUGAAGCGUCACUUGAUCGCCAAGCAUCCAGAGCUCGAGGGCGGUCCAAUACGCUGCAUGACGUGUGGCGUUGAGGUGCAGUCGUACAACACGCUCAAGAGCCACAUGCGCAUCCACACAGGCUACAAGCCCUUCAAGUGCAAGUUCUGCCCUAAGACCUACAAGUGGAACACGGGGCUGGAGUACCACGAACGAGUCCACACGGGGGAGAGGCCGUACCCCUGCCCACACUGCAGUAAGGCAUUCACGAACAAGUCGGACCUGACCCGGCACCAGACUGUCCACACAGGCGAAAAGCCUCACGUGUGUAAGAAGUGUGGCAAAGGCUUCACACAAAGCCACACACUUAAAUCGCAUUGUAAGAAACAUCAUCCGGUCACCAGCCUACCAUCUGCUGUCAAUGUCACUACCAGCAACGGCGUUAGUGCUACGCAAAAGACGUGCUCCCCAGUGCUGCACACGUUGUCCCCCUCCUUCCAGCCCCAGCACCAACCAACUUUCAUGCUGGGCAGUUUGCAGGACCCAGCCCCAGCCAACCACAGCUUGGAGCCGAUCAAAUUUGCCAGCAACGGCGGUCUCCAGAGCCUGCAGCGUCAGGUACCUGGACUCCCCACGGAGCGGGAGAUUGCAGAGGUGGUAGUGAAUAUGCUGGCCCAGUGAGAUGGCAGUUCCUCAGCCCACUUCUCACUCUAAUCCCCGCUCGUUGUAACUGCAUGUCCAUUUAGCAUUUAUUGCUUUGUGCCGGUACCAGCAUUUUUUAGGGCAUGUGAUGGAGACAAGCCAGGAAUAUAAAUUCCCUCAAAUCAUUAGUUUACUUGGUUUUUUUUUUACUUCCCAUGCACUGCUUGCCAUUUCAGACUGAGAAACACAUUUUAGAUGUCCUUUUUUCUCGUAUUUCCAGUUGCAUGCUUCAGCACUUCUUUGUCGUCUUUACUGACAUAUCUGCCUCCCACUUUUCUCAUUUCCCCACCCCCACAGUAGACAUGUAGAUGUAUUGUGUGGCCUACCAGCAUGCUCAGUCAGUGGUUUAUGACUUCUUUUUCCCACAUCAUGGAAGCAGCAUGUACCUAUCCAGUAUUGUUUUUUCUACCUGAGUAGAGUCUCUGGUACAUCUUAACAUGAGGGUAGGAGCCGUAUUGAGAACUGUCAUUUGGAUAAAUGUAAACAUUUCAACAUUUUGCAUAUUUUUGAUCAAUGACGCUGUGCAUCAAAUUGAAAGUACUGGUAGUGUGAGGAGGUUACUGGAAAUUGUAGCAUGAAUGUGUGCAUACAAUUGGUUGCUUUUUGCUCGUCCUUAUAAAAUUCAAUUCCCAGGUUUGCUUUUCCAAAAGAUCAUCUGAAAUAUUCUUGAAAAAUAAAGUAGUUAAUGUUUAAGUCAUGAUUCCUGUACUUUCAUUCCCAAUUUUCACUGUUGUUGAUGUGCAGUAUGUUUAGAAACUGUUGGUGGAUCUUUGACCUCGUUAUUUAGAUCAGAAAUUGGAAAUUAGUCAUAUUACAGAGGUCAUGAAUGACGUGUACUGACCUCACUGACGGUCAAGUUGGGUUUUAUCAUGCCAGCAAACUAGCGUAAGAGGUGUGAUUUCCUUGGAUUUUUCAGACUUCAGGAUGUUUAACCCACAAUCGUAGAAUUUUAGAGAUUUAAUCAGUCAUGUUUUUCAACUUUUGAGCAAUUUGGGAAACUAAUUGUGCAAGAUUCACAUAAUAGUGGCAACUCGUGACAGAACUCAUCAUGAUGGUUGUUGAACAUCACAAAAUCUUGUUGUCAUGGUUACAUCCCCUCCGCUAGAUGUUAGUGUGUUUUCUUGAAACCCAAUCUCGCCCCAGUUACGGUUUCCAUGAUAUGUAUAUAUCAUGUCUGGAGGCUUAUACUUGUAAGCUUAGUAGAUUACAUUGCAGGGACGGAUGCAUGUUCAUGGCACCCAACAGCCAGUGAAAUCCCAAAGGACUCGCUGAGCCGGCUCAUCCAUGGUCAGCAAGAAUACAUGUAUGUCCCCCGGUUUCUGUACAUUUUUAUGCCGUGCUGUGCGCUGAAUACAUUUAACUCAAUCUUGCCAGAGUGUAUGCUGCAUUUGCAAUUUUAGGCUCAAUUUUCUGAAGCAAAGGCCACCUUCUUGCCAGUUGAAAAAAAGUGUUAUCGAUAUUUUAUAUGUCUUUCUGUAUAAUUUGUGGAGGCUUUAUUUUGCAUUAAGGGUUUUAACAUUACCUUUUGCCAUAUUAUUUUAAGAUGGUGUUUCCAAAAUGCUUAUGUUAAAUUCUAAGAACUUUUCUGCACGAAUGCUUUACUUUUCAAAACUGAUACAUUACAAACAAAUUGUAAGAAUUUUUAAAGAUCUAUGUACUUGGUCAUUUACUGGCAGUUGCCACUGUAGUUUGUCGUCUUUAUAUUUCCAAAAAUGGCUCGUUGAUCGAGGCACAACUCAUGUCUUUGAGCGUCCUGUUUUUGUUUUUUGGGUCAACAGUUUGAAAUGUGGCAUUUAAAUACACAAUCUCAUUAACCUCCUGGAUCCAACAGAUGCUCGAGCCAGUUUUGUUCACACUUAUAACAAUCCCAGAGAAGUUUUCCAGUAACUUUCUAGAUUUGAUUAGAUUAAUAGUGAUUAGAGUUGACUCAAGUGAUUUUCAUGUACAGCAGAUGAGUUGCCAGGAAAAAUGGAUACUGGCUUGUAAGCAAUGCAUCAUGGGAAGACUCAGCACUAAUCAACGAGAUCUCUGUAUUGUUCUUCUGUGGAUCUGCAUAGUUUUGUUUUUUUCUUUCAUGAAUACAGAUGGUUUUAAUAUCCAAGGAUUGUGCCACAUGCACAUUUAAUUAAUGAUGGUCAGAUGAUUAACUUUAGGAAAAUACAAACUAGAUAUCAACUACA